AUGACCGUUACGCUGGAGUCGCGUGACUGCCGGAGUCUUCAAGACGUCGUCUCGAAAUCCCGGACUCAAGGCAUCAGUCGUUUUAUCGACCUCCCACAGAUCCUCGUCUGGGGUGAUCAGUCGUCAGGCAAAAGCUCUGUUCUCGAGGCCAUCUCGGGCAUGUCGUUUUCCGCCAAGGGCUAUCUUUGCAUUCGCUUCGCCGCCGAAGUCGUUCUGCGCAAGUGCAACACCGUCGGAACCAAGAUCGGCAUCAUCCCAAGCUCAAACCGCUCCGAUGACGAAAAGAAGCAGCUUGCCGACUUCACCUGCAGCACCCAAGAUUUCGACAUUGGCCGGGCUGAGCAGCGCCGCUUUCUCCUUCAGGCGAGUAACAACUACUGUGCUUUGACCAGAGCCGCCGUGAAUGGCGUGUACGGUGAUCAGUUCUUUGCCAUCACCGAAAGCGACGAUCAAACACCGAAGCGGCUUCGACCUGCGGUCCUGAACAGCCUACCCAAGUUCGCUGAAGGCAUGCGUCUCAGGGGCCACUCUCCCAUCAUCAGGGAAGAAGCCGACUCGGAUGAAGGGAUCGAUGAUGAAGGGAACGCACAUGACCCGAAGCAAAUACUCCGUGAUGAAUACCUAGAACAAGUCAAGGUCUUGAUGCAGAGGAGCCGAGGCCGAGAGCUCUCAGGUACAUCCAACCCCCUCAUCAUCUCAGAGCUGUUCGCCAAGCAGUGCAAGCCUUGGAAUGGUCUCAUCGAUGCCUUGGUCAAGAACAUCGUAGACGACGCCGACAUGACAGUUCAAGCCGCAGUCACUCAUGUAACAGAUCCGCCGACCGCCGGCGCCCUGUUGAGGACCGUUGUGGCCCCGGAAAUCGCCACACUGGGUAGGGCACCAAGCCGAGUUGCCCUGAAGAGAAUCGUGGUCGACGUCAGCGUCCUGGCAAUCGAGAGCUGUCUACUCAGCAAACCUAAGGGACUGCUCUGCCCCGAGGUUAUCUGUGAUCUCGACGACGACAUGGUCCGCCACAUCGCCGGCGAAAGCGACGAGGUGACUAUGGAGCGGGUGAGGGCUGCCGAGAACCUCUGGGUGUUGGAGACGGGAGCGGCCGAGCUCAAGGCUCUCCAGAGGAAGCCUGCAAUAUCCAACUAG